AUGAAGAAGAAGAGCAUUGCCACUAUUGGCGUGGCUCUCGUGUUUUUAUUUUUACUGAUAUAUGCUUUUGCACUUUAUCGAGGGGCUAUUUUAGAAUUAAUACAGACUGUAGCUGUAGAGCUACGAACAACACCUUACAGCUCCAUCUUACUAACAGCACUGAUCAUCUUGACUUCUAUACCACCACUUCUCGGCUUUACAUUUUCAACUACCAUCACUGGGUUCAUUUAUGGAUUCCCUGGCGGUGUCCUACCCGCUGUCUCUGGAGCAUUCAUUGGUGCCUCUGUGGCAUUUGCUUUGAUUCGAAAAUACAACUUUUCGCGAUUUAUCAAGUUAUCACCAUCAAAGCAAGAAAAAUACGUUGCGAUUCAAGAAGCUAUCGAACAGGGUGGAUUCAAGAUGAUGAUAUUGAUUCGCCUUUCUCCUAUUCCUUGGCCCAUCACAAACAUGCUCUUAUCCAUCAUUACAACCGUCAGUAUACAACAGUACAUGCUCUCUGCCUUACUCGCCUCAUUCAAGGUAUCACUUGACGUCUGGAUUGGCUCUCAGCUUGCCGAUUUAUCCAACCCAGAUCUACCGCCAUCGGCUCAUCGUAUUGCCAUGGCAACCAUGGGCUGUGGUAUUCUUAUCCUUGUAGCCGUUGCCUGGUGGCUUUAUCGACUGACGAUGGAAAAGGUGAGAGAGAUGACAAAUCGUAAGAACAACGAGAAGAUGUACCACGAGACCUUGAUCGCCAUGGAAAAGGUAAGGGAGAUGACAAGUCGUAAGAAAAAUGAGAAAACAUACCACGAGACCUUGAUCACCAUGGAUUCAGUCGUCAUCCAGCCUUCAAAGAAAGAAAUUUGA